UAGACUAUGGUAAUGCUGAAACUUGUCACUCGUUUCUUAAGAGGGGAGUCUGUACCCCCUGACAUUUUGGUGUGAUUGUAGUGCUUUGUACAAUGGAGUAUCUAUUAAAUAGUAUACCUUUUAUACUAAUUUGGAUUUUCAUGAUUUCAUCAGCUGCUGCACAUUAUUGUGUAUGGGGAUUAUGCGAAGUUUGGGAAUAUUGUUGUGAUGAAAAUGUAUGCUGUACUUAUGAUAAUUACAACAUAUGGAUUACAGUGAUAAUCAUAGGAGGAGUUGUAAUCGGAUUGAUACUUGCUGGUAUAUGUUUUUAUUAUAACUUACAACGUUUAUAUAUUUACCUGCGUCAAAAAUAUUACAACAAUAAUUUUGUUCCAAUGCCUUCAGAAUUUUAAAUCAACAUGAUAUUAAUAAACAUGUAAUAUAAAAAAACAAAUUCUUUAUCGGAUCAAGCUUGUCUAG